AUGAUUUUUCUAAUGGACCUCCAGAUGAUGCUGCUGGAUGUAAUUUACUUCAUCCUGCGCAACUCCUUGCGGGUCAUCAUGCGCCCGCGUACCAAGCAAAUCGAGGGCGAGCUGGUGCUGAUCACCGGAUCAGGAGGAGGCCUGGGUCGUCUGUUUGCUCAGGAAUUCACCAAACACGGGGCAGACGUGGUGCUGUGGGACAUCAGCAGCACCUGCAACGAGCAGACAGCCAAGCUGGUGCACGAGAUGGGGGGUAAGGCGCACACGUACACGGUGGACGUCACCAAGCGGGAGGACGUGUAUCGCAACGCUGAGCUCGUGAGGAAGGACCUGGGCCGAGACGUCACCAUACUGGUGAACAACGCCGGCGUGGUGGCGGGGGAGCGCAUGUUGGACUGUCCGGAUGAACUGAUAGAGAGGACCAUGAAGGUCAACAGUCACGCCCACUUCUGGACAGUGAAGGCCUUCCUUCCCCAGAUGAAGGCCCAGAAUCACGGCCACAUCGUGACCAUCGCCAGUGUCCUCGGUCUCUUCAGCACAGCUGGUGUCGAGGAUUACUGCGCCAGUAAGUUUGCUGCAGUGGGAUUUCACGAGUCUCUAGCCCAUGAGCUGCUGACUGAAGAGGUUCAAGGUGUGAAGACGACUCUCGUCUGUCCCUACAUUGUGGACACGGGCAUGUUUGAAGGCUGCAGGAUACGGGAGGAAGUGGAGCUGAUCUUCGCUCCCCUAGAGCCCCAGUACUGCGUUGAGCAGGCCAUGAACGCCAUCCUCAUAGACCAACCACUGGUGUGCAUCCCUCGUCUCACCUACCUCCCUUUCCUCGCCAGAGCGCUGUUGCCAUGGGAAUCCAACGUGGUCAUGUAUCGUUUCAUGGGGUCCGACAAGUGCAUGUACCACUUCAUUGACAAUAAGAGACAAGUGUCUAAUGGCUGCAUUAAGGUUGAAUAGUCCCACCUAUGACAAUGUUGGGAUUAAAAGAUCAAUAUUAAGUUUAAAUAUCAUUUUUGUUUAAAA